UUUCCAGGUGUGGGAGUUGUCCUCAGGUGAGAUGCUGCUGUCCGUCCUCUUCGAUGUGGAGAUCAUGUCUGUGACCUUUGACCCUUCGGAGUACUUCCUGUUCUGUGGCGGCAGUGAUGGCAACAUUUUCCAGGUGUCUCUGUGCAGCCAGAGUCUGAGUCGGGACAAACCUUUUCAGACGGACAACAACGGGAACCAGGUGUUUAAAGGACACAGGAAUUUGGUGACGUGUCUUUCGGUGUCGAUGGACGGGACCCUCCUCCUGUCGGGGUCACAUGACGAGACCGCUCGCCUCUGGGACAUUCAGAGCAAACAGAGCAUCCGCUGCCUCGCCCAUAAAGGUCCGGUCACUAACGCCGUCAUCACGUCGGCGCCCGCCAACAUGUUCCUCCCCGACAGUCGUCCGGCCGUCCCCCUGCCGCGCUUCAGCCGCCAUCUGCACGUGUCCGAGACCGGAGACGGCGGCGAUUCCGGAGACGUGUGCGUCCGCCUCGGCCUCUUCAACCAGGAGGAAGAGGAAACGUUUCUGCAGAAAUCGGACAAACUCAACGCGCUCAUGAACGCCGUCACCGACAAGUCUGUGUUCGGUGACGGUGAAAACACGAAGGUUCGAGUCGCAGAACUGGAAGAAGAAGUUCAGACUCUGAAGAAAGUCAACAAAGACCUGUACGACUUCAGCAGCCAGCUGCUGACGAAACCCACAUAGACACACACA